AUGCUGCCUCAAUCUUUUGUUGCGGUCUUCUCGCUUUCCUUUGCCGCUACGGCAUCGGCUGGAGUGACGGUGCUAUUCCAGAACGACGGCAAUUGGACGAGUCAUGCUGAAAAGCCGAGCGCGCUUCUCGUAUCCAGCUCCGGUGACGCAGCGGCAGAUUGCACCUCUUACGGCGAAUCUCUGCUAGCUUGCGAUGAAGUACAGGACUUCUACGAACAAUUGAAUUACCAGAAGUUUAUUGGAAGCAUUCCUGAAGAUGGGCUGGUUUGGUCCGGUUGCAAUCAAUCGGCUGCUGCCAACGACUCCGGCCUGCAAUACACCCUUUGCACAAACAGCGCUCCCAUAGUUGAUAAGGUAGGGCCGGACUUUUCGAUCUAUCCUCAUGUCAAUGCUUCGGCCAAUGGGACCACUUUCGAAGGCCUCCGCGACCACAUGGCAUUCCGGUUUAUGGGAAUCCCAUUCGCCCAGCCACCAAUUGGAGACCUCCGUUUCAAGUACGCUCAGCCGUGGACAGGAUCAUUCGUGAAUGCGACUCAGUACAGCGCUUCCUGCAUGCAGUUUGGAAGCUACAACGGAAACUCGCUGGGCCUGAAUCCGUGGGGCAACAGCGAGGACUGCUUGUACCUCAACGUCUUCACCCCCGAGGUUCCCGAUGCUGACGACACGAAAGCGCUCAAGCCCGUGCUUUUCUGGAUCCACGGCGGUGCAUCGACCUCGGGAACUGGCACCGACGGAAAUUUUGACGGAGCGAGUCUGGCCAGCCGCUCAGACGUGGUCGUGGUCACAAUCAACUACCGUCUGAACAUAUUUGGUUACCUGAGCCUUGAUGACGAAGCUAUCCCUGGAAACUACGCAUUGUCGGACAAGAUUGCAGCCCUUCAAUGGGUGCAAGAUUACAUCACCGCCUUCGGAGGAAAUCCCAACAACGUCACCAUCUUCGGCCAGUCGGCAGGAGGUGGAUCUGUUGUGGAUUUGAUCACCUCCCCCAGAGCUGAAGGCCUGUUUGACGGCGCCAUUAUCCAAUCUGGCAGCAAGGGCUGGACGAAAACGCAAUCUGCCGUUGCUGCUUCUAUCGAACCUUACAUUGAGCCACUGUGCAAUGGAACCGGCGCCGCUCGGCUUGAAUGCCUCCAGGCACUCUCGGCCGACACGCUGCUCAACCUGACAUCCGAAGGCGGCAGCUGGAGCACCGUCAUCGACAACGACUUCACGCUCGACCUCCACAUCGCACAAAUCGCCAAAGGCAGACAGGCCGUCAACUCGGUAAACCUAAUGCUCGGCUUCAUGCCCGAGGAAGGCCAAUCGCUCGUGUAUACCUCCCUCGCACCCAACCUCACCACAUUCCGCGAGGGGCUCGACGCCCUAGGGCCCGUCAGCGGCGGCUCCUUCACCGAAGAACUCGCCACCGCCAUCCUGGACUCGGGCCUGUGGGUCGUCGGCAACGAGACGUCGUCCAACAGCGGCGCCACCGUCUACCCGGACGCCUACAACGCCAGCAUCAGUGUCUCCUCCGACUUCACGCUGACCUGCGGCGGCAGCCAGCUGGCGUCGGUCGGCGCGGCGUCGGCCUCGUUCGAGAGCAUGUGGGUGUACAACAUGGAGCGCGCCUACGCCCUGCCGUGGUACAACCCGUACGGCCUCUGCAGCUUCCCCGUCGGCCAGCCGGACACGCCGUACUACCGCUGCCAUUCUGGCGACCUGUUUGAGGUGUUUGGCACCUACUACUUGUUCGAUCAGCCGGUGCGCGUGCCUGAGGAUAUUUACUACACGAAUGCUGUUCAGGACAUGUGGGCGGCUUUCGCGCGGACGGGCAACCCGAAUGUCGAUCCUGAGUAUCUGAAGGUCAGGGGGUACGACAGCACUAUUGACUUGUUCUCCAAUUGGGAAUGGCCGGAGUUCAGCACAUGGAGUCCGCGGGUAGCGUCGCUUCAGUAUCCCAAGUCUUCGUACACUACUCUUCCCGAGCAACAGCACUGCGAUGUGCUCUUGCCUUAUUUGUCGUCAUAA